AUGGCGCAAGAGACAUUACCGGAAAUUACAGUUAUGUUCGCGGUUUUCUCUUUACUGCUCCUCCUCCUCGGGCUGAGCCAUUGCCAGGACAAUGAUCUUCCAUCGAGGUUCGAGAUCGAGAGUUCAAUCAACCGUACGAUCGAGGAAGUCGAAAGACAGGUUCGCGAAGAUUCCACUCUGCCCCGAUUGACUAGACAAGAAAUAGUCAAGAUUCUGCAGAACAUCACGUCCCAGGAUUUGAAGGUGUUCAAGGAUAAAGAAAAAUUGGAGAGAGCAAGGAAUCUGUACCAAAGAGCUCUGAUGGUCGUCCUUCCUUACAGUGCCGAAGAAUCGGCUGGAAAUUUGAAGGAUCUUUACACGAAACCACCUAUGACGAGGAUAAUUUCCGAUUUUUCAACGUCGAUGGGAAAGAACGAAAACGAGGAAGUCGAGGAGGAUAAUUGGAGGAGAGGACAGAACGAUGCGUCAUUGGCCACCGAAAAUUUGAUAUCGACUAGCGAUUCCUACAAGAGCGUAUCGAAAGAGCAAACUGGAACCACGAUGCAAAAUCAUUACAAGAAUCACAGGGACACGUAUUCAGAAGUGCGCACCAAAGUUCCUUUGAGGGAGACGUUGAAACUUGACCCGACGCCGGUCAGGUUCACCUUCAAUCUGGAGAAUCUUCGAAAGAACGCGUACACCACCGAAAAGACGACUACGGCCAAGUAUCCAAUUUACAGAAGUAAGGGAAACGAAGGAUUGGAAAUCGUGUACAGCACGAGCGUUACGGAUGAACCCACUACGAAACCAGCUUCUAAGGAGAUUAAUAUCGACUUGGAGAGGUCGAAGAUGAAUCAGAACGUACUGACGUCGAGUCAGUGGCGUUACAACGCGCCACCGAGUACCACCAUGAAUCCAACCUUGCCUUCCAAACUCGACAAAAUACCGUUUCUUCCGACUAUUAACACGAACAUAUCUGAAGAUCUUACUAUCCCCUCAACAAAGAGAUCGGAGAUAUUAACGAAAGACAGCAAUGCCGAAGCUUUAACGAUGAAUUCUGAAACGCCAAUUGCCCUCUACGUGACGCCCAUGCCUACUAACACGUCUCCUAAAAUGAAGUACAGUUCAACUUACUCGUUGAACUCUGCGGGAUUUCGACAAGCCACCACUAGCACCACCACUAUGAGGCCAGAAGUGAUGGAUCUAUUGGCGUCGAUCGGUCUGCGACCGGAUAAUACUAGUAACGUCGAAGAUGUUUAUAAGAAGAGCAAGGAUAUGGCGGAGAACAAGUUCCAGGCACCAGACGCGAAUACCAUUCAGAGGUUGAUUUCUGCCUCGACUGGGGACGAAGCAACGUCGAUCAUCGAUCAGAAUAUGAAUUUUGAAAAUUCGGGGUCUGAGAUCAAGAAGGGUGUGGAAAAUUUGACCCCGGACGUUCAACUGUUGUUCAAAAGAUUCGGUCUUCAAACGUCGAAUCUGGGUCAGCCUACCGCCACCACCACUCAAAGAACAACCAUUAAUUUUAAUUCUUACACGAAUUUCAAACCUCUGCCCACUUCUAGCGUGAAGGAUCAAGAGAUGAGAGCGUUCUUGGCUAAAUUCGGACUUGGAACGAGCGACGACAGAAGGCAGAAGUCGAUGAGAUUCACCACUGAACCACCCUCCGUGAUCGAGGUCGUACCGGAAAACAUGAGAGGGAUUCUGGAGAAUAUUGGGCUGAUUUCCAGGAAGGGUAGCAAAAAGGUGAUAAAUAGCAUGGAGGACAUGGAAUCGACCGAGACGUCCAAGUUUCACGUGUUCAAGCCUCACGAGGUGAACGUGAAGGACGAGGAACAGAGAAACAAGAUCAAUCAGCUUCUGAACACUGUAAAAUUGGUCCAGGAGGGUAAGGUUGACGUUCAAAACGCGAGAAAUGCGACGAAGGUUUUGAAAGAUGGGCCAGAUCCUUUGAAGUUUGAAGAGAUCGCCGGGAUCCACGAAGACGAAGACGCGAGAAACGAGGUGAAGAGGCAAGAGGAACAGAAAGGAGAGGAGCAAAAGCAAGAGGUAGAACAGGAAGAGACGACCACCGUACAGUUUACCAUCGUAGAAGAAGAAUCUCCAACCGUUGUAACUGAGCCGGAAGAAACCACGUUAAUCACUACCACGGAGACAAAUUCCAUGAAAGGAGAUUCCGAUCAAUCAGACACGAUCAAAAUGGAGGAUUCUUCCGUCACAUCCAAAUCGAAUUUGAUGGCGUUGGAGGAGUCUUUCGGCGGAACGACCGGGAAACCUGUAACGGAUCUGCCUGCAAGAAAGAAAAGCGGCCUCUACUUCUUGGUGGAUUGGAACUCGUUCCUCGAGGUCGGCGAGGACAACAAGGACAAGAUCAAUUUGAGAUUUCAGCCGAAAGUUGGCGACAGAUCGAGAUUCUUGCCAGUGACUGUACCUUAGAAAAUUAAACGGAUGGUAGUACUCGUAGUACAGGGUUUUAUAUCAUAUUUUGUUACGUUUUUUUUUUUUUUUUUCAACCGACGAAAAUCAAAAAUCAAAAUACUAGGUGAUUCCGUUUAUAAAUAUGUACAUACAUAGAGAUAUAAUUUCUGAAGGGGAUGCGAAGGGUUAGAGAAUUUGUGCGCGGUUUUAAAGUACGAUUUCGAUAAAGAAACUACUGUCUUCUUUGAAACUACGUUCGAAUAACU